GUUAUCUGACUUCACUCAUUAAGGUUGUCUGUCCGUGUGGUAAUUACGUGUGCUGUUCUGUAAACACCGUUACUCGUUCCUUCUGUGCUACCUUAGAUGCGCAGGCUGCUUGUCAGGACACCACUGUCACGCAGGAGCUUCUCAAAGAGGGGUUUCACAGGGACCUGCUGGUGAAGGUGGAACUCGGUGCGGUGGAGGAGGGUGCAGGACGAUGCGCAGUGGCAGCUAGAACUCGUCUUCCACCAGGAAUCUACGUGGAUCCCUACGAGCUGGCAUCGCUGCAGCAGCACAAUUUAACAAAGGCGGUGUUAACUCCUGACGUCAUUGAUGUGGAGGCUCCCGAGUACUUAGCCACAGAUUUUCUUGUUCUGCUGUACAUGGACCCCGACCCUCGCUGCUCUCGCUGUUUUAGAGCUGCCUUGCCUGUGCACGGGCGGUACCACCGGCCGGCAGAGGACGGCAAGGAAGCGUUGGUUGCUCUGAAGAGCCCAGAAGUACUGAUCUGCUGCUGUGACAAUCGCCUCUCAUCAGAGUGUUGGAAGCCUGCUGAAGUGGGAGCUCCCUGUUCAGGGAAAAACGACGGCCCCUGUCAGUGGUACAGCGUGACGCACAGACCUGUACACGAGGAAGCGAUUCUGCAGGUUCCAGUGGGGCUCAGGCAACAUAGUUCCCUAGUGUGUGCUGUGACUCUCCUGGCCACAGUGCUCUGCUCCAGUCUGAUUCUUGUUGCUGUAUGCAAAUACGGACACUUCUCCCUGGAGACCUGCUUGGCAUAA